AAACUAAAUAAUAGACAUAAACCACAUACCAUGUGGUCACCAAUUAAUUUCUCCUCUCUCAGAAGAACUGAUAUGCAAGUUCUAAGAUGGGUGUGGCGCAGGAGAUUUCCUCUGAGGGCCUGUCUCCACAGAAACCACUCAUCGUCGUUCCACAGCCCAGCCAGCCCCCUCUCCUCACUGAUACCCAUGGUGGUGGAGCAAACGGGCAGAGGAGAGAGGGCUUACGAUAUCUUCUCCAGGCUGUUGAAGGAGAGAAUCAUUUGUCUCAUGGGACCAAUCCAUGAUGAGUACUCUAGUCUGGUCGUGGCACAGCUGCUGUUCUUACAGUCGGAGGAUGCUCACAAACCCAUCAACAUGUACAUCAACAGUCCAGGUGGGUCUAUUACAGCUGGUCUAGCUAUCUAUGACACCAUGGAGUACAUCCGUCCCCCUGUCUCCACCCUCUGUAUGGGGCAGGCCUGCAGUAUGGGGGCCUUCCUGUUAGCAGCUGGCUCGGAGGGACUCCGCUAUUGUCUGCCCCACUCCAGAGUUAUGAUUCACCAACCACACGGCUCAGCUGGGGGGCAAGCCACAGACAUCGCUAUACAAGCUGAAGAGAUUAUCAAACUGAAGAAGAUGCUCAAUCAACUGAUGUCACAGCACACCGGACAACCCGUGGAUUUGAUUGGGGAAGUGACUGAGAGAGACAAGUUCAUGUCUCCUGUGGAGGCCAAGGAGUUCGGGAUAGUGGAUCAUGUGCUCACUCGAGAACUCAGAGAAGAAGGCAAAAACAAGGACUAGCUCAUUUCUGUAAUCAUUCAUUGUCUGUGUGCUUUGUGCAUAGCUCGAAACCAUACCCUGUGGAAAUGUACAAGCAUUUAUGUCAUUUGUACCUGUCUUUGUCAAUUGUUCUUUAUAAUAAUGAUUGAUAUUGCUGUGA